AAACAAUGAUCUUGUUGUUUUGUCCCUUUUUAACAAGCAUAGGGGGUAUCGUUCAGUCCGUAACGCCAAGAAAAAUACGUGCAGAAAUAAUUUGUUUUCGUGUAGAUUUGCUUAAUUUCGGGGUCAUUCAUGCAUGCGAAUGGUCGUUGUAAAACCCGACAAACGUUUUCAUUUAUAGAUUUCAAGGAUGUAGUUAGUGAGCUAGCCCUACAUAUCGAAAGUAAAAUAAUAAUUUUUACGAGUGGACCGCUGCAGGGUUUCACUUUCAGGUAAAGUUUGCACACAGUCGGCAAGAAGGCGGAGAUGAUUGACGUCCACCAAAACUUAGGUUUUGUCUAGGCUUUUUUUGCGCUAUAAAGGUCGCGUGUGAUUGAUAACGACUGUAAACAUUCUAUUGCCAAACAAUAUGGCCUCUGUUUUCGCUCGUUCUCUGCUGGCAGUAUCACGAACUUGUUUCCUUCGAAGAGCAGUCAAUUUAAAGUCUUCAGCGAGGUACAAGUUGCAACGAACACCGCGCUACAUGAGUACAAUUUCUUCAAAAAUCCACGUGAAUGGUGUUGAAAUUCACUAUGAAGUUGCUGGCCAAAGUAACCACGUUGUCCUGUGUUUACCUGGAGCGCUCGGCUCAACGCAAAGUGACUUUGGUCCCCAGCUCAAGGGACUUAAGAAUGAAUUUACAGUGAUAGCAUUUGAUCCGCGAGGAUAUGGAAAAUCGAUUCCCCCUACACGUGAUUUUCCAGCUGAGUUUUUUGUACGGGACGCAAACGAUGCUGCCGCACUAAUGAAAACUCUUGGUCACUCUAAAUAUUCCCUCCUUGGAUGGAGUAGUGGUGGAAUAACUGCAAUGAUACUGGCUGCGGCGCAUCCUCAGUGUGUUCAUCGCAUGGUGGUGUGGGGUGCUAAUGCCACUGUUACUGCUGAAGACGUCAAGCUGUAUGAAGCUAUGAGAGACACAUCAAAGUGGAGCCCUAAGAUGAGGGAGCCCUUAGAAGUCCUGUAUGGAAAAGAAGGACUCCAAGAAAUGAACAGUGGCUGGAUAGAUGGCAUAAGCCAGUACUUUACUGAGCGUGGUGGUGACAUUUGUACUAGUGAAGUAAAGAAGAUAGAGUGCCCUACCCUGGUGGUGCAUGGGCAGAAAGACCCCCUGGUUCCACAGUUUCACCCUGAGUAUUUACAUGCCAACAUCUGUGGUUCAAAGCUUCAUAUUAUGCCAGAGGGGAAACACAAUCUUCACCUUCGUUAUGCAGACGAAUUCAACUUGCUUGUCAGGGCAUUUUUGACCCUUAAAGAGGUGAAACAGUUUUGACUAGAGAAUAACGGGGCUCACAAAAAGUUCCGUCCGGUCAUCCGGAACGUCAUACUUUUCAUACUUACUUGCCCCACGGGGACGUCGUCUGCCAACGUAAUAGCAAAAAGAGAAACAUGUCUGAAGGGCAAGGUGGAAUUCAAGUUUUUUUCGAGCCCUGGAAUAAAUCUAAAACAAGAGGAACUGAAUCUGGAAAUCAAAAAAUAGUCCGGCCAGACGUCCAUUAUUUGCUGGCCCUCUAUAGGAACCCCAAGGCCAGCUGCAACGACACUAAAUCUAGUUUGAAACAUGUCGAGGUAACUUUAACAAAAAUAAAAGUUAUUUCCCAAAGGAGAAACAUUUUCUUGUUUUUUACCCCCAGUUGCUAACCCAGCAUUGAAUUUCGCGCGGUGGCCGUUAUACUCCGGAUCGCGCUGUCCGGGCUCGAGCCCUGGCCGGGAGACAUUUCGCUGUGUUCUUGGGAAAGACACUUUGCUCUCACA